AUGGGCAAGGCACAUGUAAUUGAGGAGGAAUACAUGACAGAUGAAUUGGACAGUGGAGCUGAUGAUGAUAGUGGUGAUGACAGACCAUGUGUUAUAAGGUUCAAUGCAGAAGAAUCUUUCACGAAAGAUUUUGUUUUUAAAGUUGGAAUGGAGUUUCGUUCACUUAGGCAGUUUAAAGAUGCUAUACUAGAGCACAAUGUUCUUAAUGGGAGGGAAGUUAAGUUUGAAAAUAAUGAUGCCAAUAGAUGUAGGGUUGUAUGUAAGGAUAAGGAGAAGUGUGAUUACACUGUGCUAUGUAGUAGAGUCCUAACAUCCACUACUUUUAGGAUUAAAACCUUGUAUUCUAAGCACAAGUGUGGAAGACAGUUCUUUAAUAGAUGUGCUAAAGCUGAUUGGGUGGCUAAGGUCAUUGUGGAUGGGUUGAAGAACAACACAAAGAUGAAGUUGAAUGAUGUGGUAGCAGAUGUUAGUCUUAGAUAUGCAACAGAAAUCCCAGGUUGUAGGGCAUUCAAGGCAAGGCAGAUUGCUAGACAGAUUGUGGAAGGUGACUCUAGUAAGCAAUUCAACCUCCUUUGGUCUUAUGGUGUUGAGUUAAGAAGGGCAUCCCCAGGGAAUACAUUCAAACUCAACACAACAUGUUCUGGUGAAAGGUUAAAUCCAAGAUUUGAGAAGUGUUAUAUGUGUUUUGAUGGGACUAAGAUGGCAUUAAAAAAAGCAUGCAAACCUUUCAUUGGAUUGGAUGGAUGUCACUUGAAGCACAAAUAUGGUGGAAUUCUGCUCAUUGCUGUAGGAAGAGAUCCAAAUGAUCAGUACUUGCCAAUUGCAUUUGGAGUUGUAGAAAAUGAAUCAAAAGACACUUGGAGCUGGUUCAUGAAGUUGUUGUUGGAAGAUAUUGGUGAUGGAAGAUGGUGUUUUAUUUCUGACCAGCAAAAGGGUCUGGUCAAUGUGUUUGAUGAGGAGUAUCCUUCCUUUGAGCAUAGAUUCUAUUUAAGGCAUCUUUAUGCUAACUUCAAAAAGAAGUUUGGUGGAGGGACAUUGUUUAGGGAUCUAAUGAUGGCUGCUGCUAAGGCAACUUAUUAUGAGGCACAUGAGGCAAAGAUGCUCAUGAUCAAGGAAGCAAGUGUGGAUGCUUAUGAGUGGCUGCAGGCAAUCCCCAAACACAAGUGGUUUAAGCAGGCAUUUUCUUUCUACUCAAAAUGUGAUGUUUUAAUGAAUAAUCUUAGUGAAUCAUUUAAUGCUACCAUACUUUUGCAAAGAGACAAACCCAUUAUAACAAUGUUUGAGUGGAUCAGAAACUACUUGAUGGGUAGGUUUGCAACACUUAGGGAAAAGGUGAAUGCUUAUAAGGGUUAUGUAAUGACCAAACCAUUAAGGAGACUAGAUAGAGAAAUAGAGAAAAGUGCUAGUUGGACAGCAACAUAUGCUGGUAGGUUAACAUUUCAGGUAACACAUGUGCUUUUCACUGAUAGCUUUGUAGUGGACCUAGAAAAACACACUUGUUCAUGUAACUAUUGGGAGUUGAUUGGGAUACCAUGUAGGCAUGCUGUAGCAGCCAUUUAUAAGAAAGUUGAUGACCCAAUUAAGUAUGUACACAAAUGUUAUCUUAGGACCACUUAUGAACACUGUUAUAGUGAGGUGAUAACACCUUUGAAUGGGCAAAACAAGUGGCCUAAGACAACACAUCCUAUUAUCAUGCCACCAUUGUUCAAACGUGGCCCAGGGAGGCCCAAAAAACUACGCAGGAGAGAACCUGAUGAGGCAAAUCAAACAAAGUGGCAAAUAACAAAUACAACCCACAGAUGCAAGAUAUGCUUUGUACUAGGUCACAACAAGAGGACCUGCAAGAAAAAUAAGCAGAUAGUUGAUGUAUCUGCUGCAACAACAUCACAACAGGCUCCAACACAAGAGGCUCCAACACAAGAGGCUCCUACACAGGGGAGGCCUACAGGGUCUAUCAACAAGAAAAAGAAAGAUAAAGUGGAACCCAAGACAAAAAAAUCUAGGGCAACUAAGACUGUUGAUCCAGAAAGUGAUGUAGCUGCAAAUGCUGUUCCUGAAAUAGAUGGUGUUCCUGAAAAUGCUGUGUCUGAAAAUGAUCCAGUUCCUGAUUCUGUUCCUGAAAAGGAUGAUGUUUAA